GGCCAACACCCAGAUGUGAGGCGGUUUGAAACGCUCCCCUUUUCUUUCUCUUUACUCUUUCGCUUUCUGCUUUAGCUCGGUACUUUCCAGCCGUUGGUAUGUCGAUCCGUUCAGAAACCAUGCAAAGUAAAUUAGAUGUUCCUCUUCAUGGACACUCACUGAACAUUGUGAAACGCAGUGGACCUGCUCUCAGCGAUAUACUGAAUAGCAAAUUUGGAUGUGUGGCCACCUUUGACGGUGUGGACUUUGAGAAACAUCAGAGCAUUGCAUCGCCGACCGUUGUCCCAGAGAAGAGGUUUGCUGCCACGCUGCCAAACGGUGUUGAGGUGGAUGUGUGGAAGGCGGAUCUCACCAGUUUCCCAGUGGAUGCCGUUGUGAAUGCUGCCAAUUCAAGUCUUCAUCAUGGUGGUGGCCUUGCUCAAGCUCUGUCUGAGGCAGGUGGUCCUACAAUCCAAAAGGACAGUUAUGAUUAUAUCAGCAAGCAUGGUGACUUAAAAACAGGAGAAACAUUUGUCAGUGCUCCUGGAUCACUACCAUGCAAGAAGAUAAUCCAUGCAGUGGGUCCACAUCUGAUGUAUAAUCCAACGAUGUCUGAUGUUACACAAGCUGAACCGCUGUUGAAGACGACCAUCUGCAGCAUUCUUGACAAAGUUGAAGAACAUGGUUUCAUGACUGUUGCCAUUCCUGCUAUUAGCUCUGGGCUGUUCAACUACCCCCUGCCAGACUGCGCAAACACCAUAGUGUCAACUGUGAAACGCUACUAUGAAAAGUCUUCCCGUCAAACACAUCGUCCUCCAAAAAUCCUCCUUGUGAACCAUGACGAGCCCACUGUGAGGGAAAUGGAGAGGGCGUGCCGUCAGAUAUUCGGCAAACAACAUCAGCCCAUGCUUUACAGCCAGGCAACAGCAAGCAGAACCAGAAGUGCUGCCAAAACCUCAACUCCGACUGUCCAGAUUGGAAAUGUCGUUCUGAAAGUGAAGAGGGAAAAUAUAGAGGAACAACGGACAGAUGUCAUUGUAAACACUGCAUCACCACACAGAGACCUAAGCCAGGGUCAGAUCUCCAAGGUUUUAUUACAGAAAGCUGGUCAUAAAAUGCAAGACGAACUGCGUUUUGCUAAGAUGAUGGGACAUGCCAUUCCGACAAAAUCCUACGGGCUGCGAUGUCGAGAGGUGUAUCACACUUUUUGCAUUGACAAGGACCUCCCUAAAGCAAAUAAGAUCCUUUUUAAGUCAGUAUUGGAAUGCUUACAAAGAGCAGAGCAAAGUCAACACCAGUCCAUCGCUUUUCCUGCCAUCGGCACUGGAGCCCUUCGCUUUACUAAAGAAGAAUCUGCCUCCAUCAUGUUAAAGGCAGUGAUUACCUUCGCCCAAACGUGUCGAAAGAAGAUGGAAGUUUACUUUGUCAUAUUUCCUUCUGACUAUGACACAUUUCAGGCUUUUGAGGAACAAAUAGGAUUUCUUCAGCAAAAUCUCUCACCAGCCUCUCAUCACAGCCCUACACCUGCAGCAGCAGCAGCAUCACCACACAGAGAUGAUCUGCCCACCAGCAAAACUCCAUCUCCACAGAUCAGCCUGACUGGCCUCUCUGAUGAAUCAACACGCGAGGCUGAGAAAUGGCUCACUCACCUGCUCGUCAACUCCGGUACUGUUGAAAUCUACAACAACUUCAUCCAGCACUUAAGUGAGACAGAAUAUCGGCAGCUGGCUCGUCUGAAGAAAAAGGGUGUUCUCAUUGAGGAGUUUCUUGCCAACGGUCAUGCAUGCAUAACUAUAAUCGGGAAUUCUGAAGAUGUUGCAGUUGCUGCGUUGCAGGUGGAGGCCAUGCUCUGCACCGUCCAGAAGAAGUUUGUCUCGGAGGAAGAGUCUGAAUUGCAAACUUUGACAGCUGGUAAAGUGUUCUUUGAAAGAGAGACGGUUAAACGUGAAAGCAAAGAGUUUGCAGACAAAGUGACUGCCUUCAAAAAUGUGGGGCUGAGGAUCACAAAGGUGGACAAGGUGGAGAACUCUGCGCUGAAGCUGCUGUUUGAACUCAAGAAAAAGCAGCUGGACUGCCGCACUUCUCAAAGAAUGUUGCAACGCAUACCUGCACAGUUCUGUGAAAUGGUCAGCCAUAUUGGAUUCCAUGCAGAGUAUGCACCACCUGAAGACCCAGCAUAUGGCGAGGGCAUCUACUUCACUGAUAAAGUGAAGAGGGCCAUGACCAUGUGGAAGGCGAGGAAUGAGGAGUAUCUGUACUUUGUGGAGGCCGACGUGCUGAAGGGGAACUCCACCACUGGGAGAAGAGAUCUCAUUGUGCCACCCACUGUGGGGACGGAUCCCAGCAUUUUGUAUGACAGUGUGACUGGAGGGUCUGAUGUCUCCGUCAUAUUUAGCGGCUAUCAAGCUCUGCCCAGGUACAUUAUCAUCUGUAAGAGGGUUUAGAUUUUUCUAAACAACCCUGAGUACAUCCCUGGCAAACAUAUUUACUAUUAGAAAUUACAGUUUGCAGUAAAACCAUUAAUGGACAUCAGUAUCGUAAAACUAUAAACAUGUCAGCUUUAUUUUUCUUUUAGUUGAAAUUUGCAUAACUACAGCAGUAACUUGAAUUUCUAGUUUCUUUUGGGAUGAUUGAGCUGCGUUAUAUAGCAGCACUAGUACUGCGAGGAGUGGCUUAAUCAUUUGUAUAUCAAUCAAUGAUCCAGCUUUAAAGAUGUGCUGUCUUAUAGCAGCAAUAUUACACUUUGUCCAUUUGUGUAUGUCAUGUGUUGAGGGGCACCACACCAUGUUAAAUCUCUAAACACCAUUAAAGCAACAAAUCAUU